CAUCUCAUCUUAUCUGUAAAAUGCCCAUCUGUGUCUCUUGUUUCUGGUGAGAGGAAAAAGAGGAAGGCAGUGACUCCUGAGAUGCAACUCAAGAAAAUCGCCCAGGUGUAGGCCAGUGUAGGUGUUCUGAGCACAUUUAAGGUAGGCGAGGCUAAGCCCUGACAUUGUAUAGAUUAGGUGUACUAAAUGCAUUUUCAACUUAAAAUGGGUUUAUCAGGACAUAACCCCAUCUUAAGUGGAGGAGCAUCUAUGUGGUUUAAAAUGCAGCAUAUCCUCUGCUUUUUCGCAGCUCCAAGGAAAAGGGACUCCUGGUUCUUAGAACUUGCCAUCUACUCAUUUAGUCCUUGGAACAGGCCUGUGAGUUAUGCCUUCUCAGGACUCUGACCUUCCCCAGAAGGGACAGGAGAAAAUGACCAAGUUUCAGGAGCCAGUGACGUUCAAGGACGUAGCUGUGGUCUUCACUGAGGAGGAGCUGGGGCUGCUGGACGCCUCCCAGAGGAAGCUGUACCAGGACGUGAUGCUGGAGAAUUUUAAGAACCUGGUCUCAGCAGGACAUCUUCCCUUCAAACCAGAUAUAGUAUCCCAGCUGGAGACAGAAGAAAAGCUUUGGAUGAUGGAAAGAGAAACCCCAAGAAAUGGGAAUUCCGGUGAGGACCACAUGGCCAUUCUUUCAGGCAGCAAGAAUCAAAAUGAGGUGGAGACUCUUCGAAAAGUUGCAUUAAAAUGCCUGUCCCAUGAAGAGCUAUCCUGCUGGCAAAUCUGGAAACAGAUUGCAAGUGACUUAACCCAGUGUCUUCAGAGGAAGAGUUCUCAGUCACUACCAGGCAAUUAUGUGCGGUUUUCUGAAAAUGAAAAUGAUCUAGUGAAUCACAAAGGAGAUAGCUCCUGUUUCGUUGAAAAUCAAGAGUUUUCGGUUUCGAGAACCCAGGAUUCUUGUGGGAAUAUAUAUCUGAGUAAGACACAGAAUCAGAUUAGAGGUAAGCAAAUUCUUGUGAAAAAUAACCCACACGUCGUAUGUGAAACCUUCAUGAAGAAAUCACCGCUUAGUGAUAUUAAAACCGAUACAGAACAGAAACCCUACAAAUCUAGUGAAUGUGGCAAAAGCUUGAGCGAUGGCUUCAAUCCGUGUUUACCCUUCAGGGAGAAACUCCGUCCAUGCAGUGAGUGUGGAAAGGGCUUCACUUAUAGCUCGUUGCUUUCAAGUCAUAGGAGUGUUUGCACAGGAGAGAAAUGUUCCAGUCAGAACUCACAUCUGCAGACUCAUCAGAGGAUUCACCCAGGAGAGAAACUCGCUAAAUGUCACGAGUCCGGUGAGUGCUUCAUUAGGGGCUCCUUCCAUUCUCAUCAUUCUCAUCAUGCAGGAGAGAAGUCCUAUAGAUGUGACAGUUGUGGCAAGGGAUUCAGUAGCAGCACAGGUCUUACCAUUCACUACAGAACUCACACUGGAGAGAAACCUUAUAAAUGUGAAGAAUGUGGUAAAUGCUUUAGUCAGAGUUCAAAUUUUCAGUGCCAUCAGAGAGUCCACACUGAAGAAAAACCAUACAAAUGUGAGGAGUGUGGCAAGGGCUUCGGCUGGAGUGUUAAUCUUCGUGUUCAUCAGAGGGUCCACAGGGGCGAGAAACCCUAUAAAUGUGAAGAGUGCGGUAAGGGCUUCACUCAGGCUGCUCAUUAUCACAUCCAUCAGAGGGUCCACACUGGGGAGAAACCUUACAAAUGUGAUGUCUGUGGUAAGGGCUUCAGUCACAAUUCACCAUUAAUAUGCCAUCGGCGAGUUCACACUGGAGAGAAACCGUACAAAUGUGAGGCAUGUGGGAAAGGCUUUACUCGUAACACAGAUCUUCACAUCCAUUUCCGAGUUCACACAGGAGAGAAACCCUACAAGUGUAAGGAGUGUGGGAAAGGCUUCAGUCAGGCUUCAAAUCUUCAAGUCCAUCAGAAUGUCCACACUGGGGAGAAACGAUUCAAAUGUGAAACGUGUGGGAAGGGCUUCAGUCAGUCAUCAAAACUUCAAACCCAUCAGAGAGUCCAUACUGGAGAGAAACCAUACAAAUGUGACGUUUGUGGUAAGGACUUCAGUUACAGUUCGAACCUUAAACUGCACCAAGUAAUUCACACUGGAGAAAAACCAUACAAAUGUGAGGAGUGUGGGAAGGGCUUCAGUUGGAGAUCAAAUCUUCACGCUCAUCAGAGAAUCCACUCAGGAGAGAAACCCUAUAAAUGUGAAGCAUGCGAUAAGAGUUUCAGUCAGGCCAUAGACUUUCGUGUGCAUCAGAGGGUACACACUGGAGAGAAACCAUAUCGAUGUGGUGUGUGCGGUAAGGGCUUCAGCCAGUCCUCUGGUCUUCAGUCCCAUCAGAGGGUCCACACGGGGGAAAAGCCAUACAAAUGUGAUGUCUGUGGAAAGGGCUUUAGAUACAGUUCACAGUUCAUAUACCAUCAGAGAGGACACACUGGAGAAAAACCUUACAAAUGCGAGGAGUGUGGGAAAGGCUUCGGGAGGAGCUUGAACCUUCGCCAUCACCAGAGGGUCCAUACAGGAGAGAAACCCCAUAAAUGUGAGGAGUGUGGGAAGGCCUUCAGUCUCCCCUCAAAUCUUAGAGUCCAUCUGAGUGUUCACACUAGGGAGAAAUUAUUUAAAUGUGAGGAGUGCGGUAAGGGCUUCAGUCAGAGUUCACGUCUUCAGGCCCAUCAGAGGGUCCACACUGGAGAAAAACCGUACAAAUGUAAUAUAUGUGGUAAGGACUUCAGUCACCGUUCACGUCUCACGUACCAUCAGAAAGUCCACACUGGCAAGAAUCUUUAAAAAUGACAGAUACGUCCAUGACUUCAGUCAGGAUGUACAUCUUCAAGGUUUUGUUGCAUCCACGCUGGUGAUAAACGCUAUUAUGUAGAAAGGAUUUCUUCAGUUGCAGUCUUUCUAACAAAUCCUUUAAAAUGAUGAAUAGAACCAGAAUAACAGGAACAGGACUUGUAUUCAGGAGAGAAAUAAGUCGUAACCCUCUUGAUAAAAUCCAGUUCAUAUAAAUGAGCUUUCAAAGUGAAUACAUGCCUGAAGAUAAUUGUGAAAAGGAUAUUUGCCAUAUCUUAGCUAGUUUUUCAGUGGCGGGGAAGGUUUUGGAUUACUUUUCCUUCAACUUCCAUUUUAUAUGUAUUUUAGUGACUGUUAUUUUUGCUAAAGCUGUAGAGCUAUGAAAAAUGAAAUGAGUAAAAUAACAAAGUUUCCUGCACCCAA